AUGACUUCUUUUGUCCGGAGCGCCGCGAACACGGAAAAUGCCCUGUCGCGGGCCUCCAGCCAUGUAAGCCGCUCGUAUGGCCGAUCGCCCGCAUACCGGAGGUUAGCCUCCCAACUCUCCCAGGCCCCGAGUCGCCCCGUCGCCGCCGCGCCGUCGGGCGCUGCCACGGGCGCCAUCCUCUCUCCCUUGCGAUCACAGUUCCUCCCCGCCGAGUUGCGCCUCACCUCCGCCUCGGUGAACCAGGCCCGGCAAUUCCACAUCACCGGCCGGCGUCCCCAGGAAGACAAGCCCAAGGCCGAAGCAAAGGACGAGGCCAAGGCCAAGCCCGCUCAGCCCGAGGCCGAGUCCGAGAAGAAGCCCGAGGAAGAGGAGGCCAAGAAGACUGAAGAAGGCGAGAAUGGCGAAAAGUCCGAGGGCAAGGACGGCAAGGAGGAGGGUAAGGAGAAGGAGAAGAAGGAAGAUCUCCCUCCGCCUCCGCCGCACGGCGACAAGACUCCCUGGCAGGUCUUCAUGGAGACCAUGAACACCGAGUUCCAAGCGUCCAAGGAGUGGAACGAGUCGACCAAGCAGAUCGGCGCCGCCGCCCACCAAUUCUCCGAGAGCGAAUCGGUCCGCCGAGCCCGCGAAGCGUACGAGAAAUCGACCGGCGCGGUGUCUUCGACCGCUGCCAAGGCCGUCAAGGGCACCGCUGGCGCCAUCGGCAAGGGCGCUGCCUGGACGUGGGACACCUCGGUCAUGAAGGGCGUCCGCAAGGCCGCCAACGUGACGGGCGAGGCAGUCGACAAGGCGACCAAGCCCAUCCGCGAGACGGAGGCGUACAAGAACGUCAAGGACGUCAUUGAUGACGGCAGCUCGUCGAGGUACGGCGGUUGGGUCGAGAAGGAGGAGCGGAGGAAGAAGAGAGCGGCGCUCGAGGCCCAGCGCGGCGCCAGCGGCGAGGUCAUGCAGGAGGACCCCGACGCCGGCACAAACAUUACGCUCCACAAGGACGCCGCGUGGAAGGAGGCGUGGAGAGACUUCCGCGACCAGAACAAGUUCGUGCAGGGCAUCUUCAGCAUGAGGGGCAAGUACGAGGAGUCAGAGAACCCCUUGAUCUCGACCGCCCGCAGCAUCACGGACCGCAUCGGCGGGUUCUUUGCGGAGAACGAGACGGCCAUGGUCAUCAAGAAGUUCCGCGCCAUGGACCCCAACUUCCAGGUGGAGCCCUUCCUCCAGGAGCUCCGCGAGUACAUGCUGCCCGAGGUGCUGGACGCCUACGUCAAGGGCGACACGGAGACGCUGAAGCUGUGGCUGUCGGCGGCGCAGUACUCGGUCUACGAGGCGCUGACCAAGCAGUAUCUGCAGGCGGGCAUGAAGUCGGACGGCCGGAUCCUGGACAUCAGGAACGUCGACAUCCUCCGCGCGCGGAUGCUGGACCCGGGUGAGGUGCCCGUCUUCAUCAUCACCUGCCGCACCCAGGAGGUGCACGUGUACCGCAACGCAAAGACCAACGAGCUUGCGGCGGGCAUGGAGGACAAGGUGCAGCUGGUGACGUACGCCAUCGGCAUCACGCGCGUGCCCGAGGACGUCAACAACCCCGAGACGAGAGGCUGGCGGUUGAUUGAGAUGCAGAAGAGCGGCCGGGACUGGUACUAA